AUGGCAAUGGUAACGGGCGGAUAUAUUAACAGUCCGGUGCUGUUUGUUGGUUGGUUAGUUGAUCGUUGCAGGGAACAAGCAAAGCAAGCAGCCAGCCUACCUACAAUACGAAUUUCUACUUCAAUGGCAGAGUACCUUCGUGGUGAGUUACAGCGCAUGCGCCACUUCGGGAAGGGACAUUUAGGCCAAGACGGGGAAUAUUACGAAAAUGACAUUCUUGUCAAUUUGCCUUGUCUGUGUGAAGGACCGGACUUCCUCUCGUCCGGCCGAACUGCAGGGUUGAAGCUUGUAUGUGGGUAUCAAGCUCUGAACGUGGAGGUCCUGAAUAGCUUCAAUGAGAAGGGUAGAAUCUGCUUUGCUAAGGAUUUGGGUGAUAUCAUGCUGCGUUUAAAUAAUGCGAGAUCCCAUGAGGACACAUCAUUGGAGAUGGGACAUAUGAACUUGGCCGCGAUGAUCAUCAAUAUGGAUGGGACGGAAGACGGUACGGGCGUUGUAUCUCAGGACGUAGCACCGGUGUCUAAAAUGCAUCAGGUUUAUGGAGCAAGUACACGUACCGAGAGGAACAAGAAAGGUUCACUUGAUAAAUUGUUGUCCACACCAAAACAAUGGCAAAAGCAAUUCUAA